CGCAAUGCCAUCUGGCUUCUCGGUGUCUAGGAGAUUGCAAGAAGAUGAUGCGGCUGAGCGGACUGAAUGCAUAAUUGGCCUAUCUUAGUCAUAGAUUUUCACUUGCCUUGUCCAGUUUCUUGCCAAAUUGCCGUUUAAUGUCGAACUGCAACCGGUGCGGUGUAGAAACUGAUUAGCAGUAACGGCAGAAGAAGAAGGAGAGUGAAUCAGUAACUAAGAGGAGUUGGGCAUCAAAUUGCACCGGAUGUCAUUACACGCACUUAAAUAUCGAGGACGAUCGUUUUUUUCGUGUGGCACAGCACAUGCAGGCAGAUAACCAUCAAACAGUAUAAUCAAGACGAAGUCAGAGCCAUGGAGGUUGUAACACAUUUUGUGAAUGACACUGUAGAAUUUUACAAAUGGAGCCUUACUAUAGCAGACAAGAGGGUGGAGAAGUGGCCAAUGAUGUCAUCUCCCCUCCCCACUCUGGCCAUCAGCUGCCUGUACCUGCUCUUUCUGUGGGCAGGGCCUAGAUACAUGCAGGACCGUCAGCCCUGUACACUCAGGAAGACCCUCAUAGUCUACAACUUCAGCAUGGUGGUCCUCAAUUUCUACAUCGCCAAAGAGCUCCUACUAGGCUCUAGAGCAGCAGGGUACAGCUACCUCUGUCAGCCUGUCAACUACUCCAAUGAUGUCAAUGAAGUCAGGAUAGCAUCUGCUCUGUGGUGGUACUACAUCUCCAAAGGAGUGGAGUUCCUGGACACAGUCUUUUUCAUUCUUAGGAAGAAGUUCAACCAGGUCAGCUUCCUCCACGUCUACCAUCACUGCACCAUGUUCAUCCUCUGGUGGAUUGGGAUCAAAUGGGUCCCCGGGGGACAGUCAUUUUUUGGUGCAACCAUCAACUCUUCCAUCCACGUGCUCAUGUAUGGUUACUAUGGCCUGGCAGCCUUGGGACCUCAGAUGCAGAAGUACCUCUGGUGGAAGAAAUACCUCACCAUUAUUCAGAUGAUCCAGUUCCAUGUGACUAUCGGCCAUGCAGGCCACUCGCUCUACACAGGCUGCCCGUUCCCUGCCUGGAUGCAGUGGGCUCUCAUCGGCUAUGCGGUCACCUUCAUCAUCCUCUUCGCUAACUUCUACUACCACGCUUACCGACGCAAACCUUCCUCCACGCAGAAGGGAGACAAGCCUGUUGCCAACGGCACCUCGACGGUAACUAACGGUCACAGCAAAGUGGAGGAAGUGGAUGAUAACAAAAAGAGGCAAAAGAAAGGAAGAGCAAAAAGAGAGUAAAGAAGGAAGAGGGCUUGCUUGGCGAUUAACAAAAAGAAGACAGUUGUUUUGAGGGCCAGAGAAGGAGGGAGGUGAGGGAAGGGACAAACAGAGAAGUUCAAACCAGACCGGCUUCAUCAUCCCUGCAAAUAAUGUAGAAGGAUGCGAUUCGUGACCAAUGUGGAAAGGUGAAAGAGUAGAAGUGUGUGUUUGUUGAUGUGUCUGUAAAGGUUUUUGGGUUUGAAAGGAGGAGAGGGGUGUUGGUUGUCCGCAUAACAGUUUUUUUUAAUCAAUAAAAGCAAAAUGCUGAUCAUGUAGGCUCUAGUCUCUUCUGUCCAACUGUGUUUUGGACCGUAAUAGGACCAAAACUUUGAGCCUACAAACUGCUCAGCAUCCACUAACUUAUCAACCAAAGUUCACCUCCAACUUUUGUACUCUGGAUUCCAGUAUUGUUUUAAAAGAAAGCUUGAAUAGUCUUUAAUACGCUAAUUUAUUUUCUAGUGCUCUGAAAGAGUUUUAUUGAAUUUAUCUAUUACCAACAAAAGAGCAUGCAGAAGUUUCAUUCUAAAAGCUUUUCUCGGUUCAAGGGGGGAGAUUUUUGUUUACGAAUACUUAGAGUAGUGUAAGGUUAGCAAACAAAAAAGAAAAUCACAAUUCAGAACAUUCUCAUGACUGCCAUCUAUUGUAUUUAACUACUUAUCAUUACCAAUCCAGCAUGUCAUGGACUUUACAUUUCUCUGUUGUCUCAAACUGGUAUCACUGCUGCAUUUGCAGAAUGACAUUUUCUUUGUGUUCGUUGUGAAAUUUAAAAAAAAUGGUUUAAAACGCUAAGGGAGGGGAACUGUAGUUUCUUUUAGUACUUAUGCAAAUUUGUGGGUAUGUUUGUUAUAUUUUUUGUGGGUCCUCAUGAUUUAUUUAUUUUGCUGUGCGAUGUAGCUGAGGUGCAAACGAAAGAUUGAAGUUCAGCUCAAUACUAUCUCACUGCCAUGUAGGACUGAAGGGAAACUCAUCCUAAAAAGAGCUUCUUUUUUUUUUUUUUUUAAAGAAAACAAAUGGUUAUUUCAUUGUCUUAAAAAUGAAAUCGGCACAGCUGAUCUGGCUGCACAUAUAACUGAAAUAAAGACAAUGUCAGUACCC